AUUUAAAGAAACAUCUUAAGACCCCUUACAAAAAAUACAAGGCAUGGCAGCAAAGACAGUCUCAGCAGGUGUUUCUCUCACCACAAACAUUUGGAUUUCUCCAACGACAAGUUCAACUUAUCUGGUCAUUACUGCUCAGUUCAUUGAUGUGACUUGGAAGAUAGAAAAGAUCUUCACCAUAACUGUUGACAACGCAACUGCCAAUACAUCGGCUCUCAAGAACUUUAAGGAAGCAUUCUUGUUAAAGGGAAGAGAAUCAAUGGUUUUAGGUGGUGAUUGUUUGCACAUGCGUUGUUAUGCUCACAUACUGAAUCUUAUUAUGAAGGAUGGUUUACAUGAAGUGAAUCAUAGUGUAUCUGCUAUUCGGAAUGGAGUAGUGUAUGUGAGAUCUUCUUGUCAUCGGCUAAAUUCAUUUGAGCAACGUCUUGAAUCAAGUAACAUGAGUAGAGGUUGUUCAAAGUCUAAAGAGCUCUUGAAGACAGUCUUAGAUGUGAUGGAGAACUUAUUUGAUGAGUAUAAUCUUACUUACAAGAGUAGAACUGAGAGAUUUUCAGCUAAGAAAUGGUCAGCAUCUCAGGUUGGGUCAGUUAACAAAAAUCAUGAUGCGGAUGAGAUUGUAGAUAAAGUUAUUGUCGGUGCAUAUGAAACAAUGGAUGUUGUUUACAGUCAGCUGGUCAAUGAAGAAGGAUGUGAUGAUACAAGUAAUGAGUUGAGUAUCUACUUGAGUGAGAAUGUUGAAAAUCCAAAGGCCAACAACUUGAAAACAAAUUAUGAUGUAUUGUCAUGGUGGAGGGUCAAUACUCCAAAAAUUCUAGUUUUAUCUGAACUAGCUAGAGAUCUUUUGGCAAUGCAAGUUUCUUCUGUCGCAUCAGAGGCUUGUUUCAGUACAAGUGGAUGUAUUAUUAAGUCUGACCAUCACUUAGGUGAAAGAGGAAUGGAAAACUUGGCACAAAUGAUUGCUGAUAUUGAAGAUCAAGACAAGCUUGAGAAAGGUAAGGGCCUGGUCAUGGAUUUUGAACAUUCUGUUUCGUCACGAGAAACUGGAGAUAACGGAUUAGCGCUGGUUCCCUCUACUGGACAACUGCAACAAGUGUCUUCUGCGGCUUAUGGUACUGCUUAUGAGCACACGGCUAGUUCUACGGCGCCUCAGGCUGGUUUUGUCACUGGCUCAUCCGGAAUCAAGUCAAAAGCCACAAAAAAGCGCAAUCGUCCCAACCAGUGGAGGAGGAAAGCUCAAGCGUUGCAGGUGAAAGCGAGAAAGGAAGGAGAUGGUCCGCAUGGGACAUUACAGGAGAAAUCAGGUGAAGAUGGUGUUUUAUCAAAACGUAAAGCUAGUGAGGAAGGACUGGUGGUUUCAAAAAUCGCUAAACGCGAUGUCGAGAAGGUGGUUCCGAUUGAGGAACCGCCGACUCAAAUAUGAGCUUUAUGAGCUGGAAUUGUC